AUGACGAUUUCAUUCCUAAGUCUGGCUUUUUUAAACAGCUGUGAGCAGGAUGUUGAGAAGUACACAAGAUGUCCAUGUUGUUUGAAGGUUUAUGACGACCCUUGUUAUCUCCAGUGUGGGCACACAAUGAACAAAAAGUGCAUCCGUCGAAAACCACCUAUUGUAAGAUGCUUUAUAUGCAAUGAAUCCUUUCAGUGUGAAUCAAGUACCGUUGGCAGAAAUCGAUUUGCAAAAGAUCUUGCUUUAAAGAUAACACAAAGGAAAAUUACAAAACUUUUGCUGGAUAAUCCAAAAUGCUCUUUGAGUCAACAUACGGGUGAAAAUGCAAUACGUUACUGUGAUAGAUGUGAAAUGAGAAUGUGCAAUAUUUGUAAUCAAUUUCAUGGUAUGAAUCCUACAACGAAAAAGCACCAUGUCUAUGAAGUCGGCGAUAUGAUAGCAAAAAACUGUCAAGGCGACAUCAAUGUUAAAAAAGACUUGCAUUGUGAACUCCAUGAAAAUGAAAUCAUUCAAAACUGGUGUUUGGAUUGCAAUCUUCCCGCUUGUGAAGAAACUUGUUCCGAGCACCAUUUACAGCCAAUAUCAACACAGGCAAAAGACGCAGAAGCUAAAAUCAAAACAUUGAAAAGGAAGUCAGACGAAGGUUUGUCAGAAGUGAGGUUGCGUUUUGAAGAGGUGAAAACUGUAAUAAGUGAACUAAAGGCAGAUGGACACUAUGACGAUAUGGAUGUUUCAAAGAUGGAUUGGGCUAAGCAGAAAUGUAAAACAGUAAUUAAAUUGUAUGAAGUCUUACUAAGGGAGGUGACUUUACUAUUAAACAAAGGAAAUGAGCUUCAUAAGUGUUACACCUCAUCAUUUUUAUCACUCCAACAGCAGUCUAUCCAGGAUUCGACAGAAAGCAUUGCAAGUGGAAGUCAAAGUGGUAGUGCAAGGUCAUCUGCAUCGACCGAAAGCGAUGUUAGUUUGCGCACCCAGGGAUACAUGAACAUAAAUCCAAGACAAUCAAUGAUGUUAAAUAUUUUACCUGAAAGAUCAACAUACAUGAAUGUUAAAAGGCGGAGUAAUGGAUUGUAUGCAAAUGAGCUAAAAUAUGCUGACAUCAGUCAGCUAAAUUCAAUCAUCACAGAAACAUUGUCUCAGAGAAGAAGCGCGGGAAUCAGCGAGGAAAUUCUGGAAAGAGUUGAUUAUUUCGACACGGAAACCAGAAUUACAGGAAUGGUGCUUGUGAACGACACCAUUAUAGUUGCCAGUCGUUCUGGAGGAUUCUGUAUGGGUUACGACAUCCACGGAAAAAUUAGAUGGACCAUCACAGAACACUUAUGUGGACCCUUCGAUAUUGCUGCAUACAAGACGGAUGACCAAAAGCAAUUACUAUUUAUCACUGAUCCUGGGAGGAGACAUGUACCACAUGAAGGAACCAUUCACGUAUUUAAACUGAGGGAAAAUGAUCGAUACAGUUUUGAUAGAAAAUUCACGAAACAUUGUGAUCAACCCCGUGGAAUUUGCAUUGCUUCUUCAAGGGCGUUUGUCUGUGAACCGGAUAGAAAUGAAGUUAUUGAGUAUGCCAUCAACAAAAACGGAACCGGAAAAGUCAUUGUUCGAUAUGGCAAUGGUGAUGUAUUUUUAAAAGAACCAAUGUACAUUACCAUGGAAGCAGGUGACAAAAUUAGGCUGUUGAUUUCUGAUAAUGAACUUGGAUUAAAGAGAGUUGUAAUACACGAGCGCGAGAGCAAUUCAUGUGGAUGGAAAAGUCCGAAGGGUGAAUAUUUCACUCCGUCGAAACCUUGCGUUUGUAAGAACAAUGUUGUUGUAGGAAAUUCAACUGGUCGAAAACUACAUUUUGUAAAUUUUCAGAAUAGAAAUUUGAGCCAUAGAGAGUAUGAAAUAGAGGAUAUGUUUCACAGUCCUGUUGCACUUGCUUUUGACAGUGAUCAUGGAUACCUGAUGAUGGCGUGUAAAGAUGGCGUGGUUGUCAUUUAUCGCACCGUGGAUCAUGUUCAGAUGGAGGAUAAAGUAUCUGAAGUGAAGGAUGGGGAUCCUAUAUAUGCAGAUCCAAGGUUCUUAUAAUAGACAGACAAAUGUGGCAACUGUCACUGAAACUUUAUUGGGGUUGCUGACCAUUGUUAGCAUUAUCUAACAUCAACAUAAAAUUCUCAUCUACAUGUAAUUGUGUCUCUUGAUCUACUGCCCAAAUUAUUCAACAAUAAA